CUCUCUGGUCUUGCUGGGGCGAUGUUGCCUUCUGCGGCUUUGUUUCUGGUGAAUCGGCUCAGAGGCCCGCAUUAUGACAGCAAGUGUCGGCACCCCCAUUCGACUGCAAAGAUCCAGUGGGCUUGUCUGGCACACCAAAAGCCGAUCUGACGGCCCACAUCCCUGCCGGAUUUGAUCUUUCCAUCCAUCUCCGCUCUCCGUUCUCCGUCCACCGAUCUGGCGCUUGAUUCCCAUCAGGCUGCAGCCCACCUCCCACACCUUCAAGCGAUCUCUCCGCGCCUCUCUCCUUCCACCUUGCUCGACAAUGAACCGCAAGCAAGCCGCACACCGGGACUCUCGAGAUAAACAGCCGAACAGCGCCAAAUCCAAGUCCUCUCAGUCGUCUCAAUCGCAAUCGCAAUCGCAAUCGCAAUCGCAAUCGCAAUCGCAGCCGAUGUCGCCUGCGGCGAUUGCAGAGUUCGAGACAAAGCUCUGGAGAAUGGCUCCUUUCUGGAUUCUGCCUCCGUUGCUCCCAGGGCUGUUCUUUGUGCUGACUGGAUGGAACAAGGUCGCUGGAACUCAUGGAUCGUGGUCCAUGGGACUGUUUGGGGCUUUGGCAUGGUAUCUCUCGGCAGCGGCCCGCUUUCCGAUCCAAGAGGGCCUCUCGCGGUACUUUGGUGGCUCGGGCGUCAAGCUCGCCUAUGCGCUGGUGGUGGUGAUCACCUCGCCAAUCGAGGAAAGCAUCCGGGCUCUGAUGCUGCACUGGUACCCUGGCACACCCACCCCCGGCCGAGCCUAUUCCUUUGGCUGGGCCUGGGCGGCGGUCAACUUUGCGGUGGCCUUUAUGCAGAUGGUCGGCUACGUGAUGGUCAUGAAGGGCAACGACGCCGAGAUCAAGGCCAAGAUGGCGCGCGGACAGAACGCUAUGGACCCGUUUUAUGGGCAAUCCAAUAAAAAACGGGACACCCAGGUUUUGACCAUUCAUCAAAUAUUUUGUUACCCAAUGUGAUCGCGCGCUGGCCAUGACCAUUCGCCAGUGUGUUCAAGAGCACCAUCCAUCGCUGGCACUCCGAGACCAGUGUGCAGGUCGAUUGUGGAGACCGGAGGGCGACCGGUGGUCUUCACUCGGAGGCUGCCAAAGUGAUCUGAUCUAUUUAUUGUGGCUUUGCUAGACGCGAGCACAGCACAUACUACAUGUUCAUG